AUGUCUUCAGGUACUGCCGCCGCGUCGACUGCGGCAGCAGGCCUUGCCGAUGACGCAGGAGUAAAGCAGAAGCGGCAGCAGCAACAGCAGCUGAAAAGAAAGAAGGAGCUGCAACAGCUGAAGGACAACGAAGAGCAGCUGCAGCUUUGUGUCGUUCUGAUGCUGCAGCAGCAGCAGGCCCCCAGGAUGAUGCCACUUGCUGCCAUCUCCUUACGCCUGCUGCAGCAGCAGCAGCAGCUUGUUGCGGCCACGUUACUUCUGCUGCGUCGAGGCCUUCAGGAGGUUCUUAGCAACAGCAGCCGACUCUUUGUCGGCACCCAAAGGGCCUGCGAAGAGCGCAUGCAGUUCCUGCAACAGCAGCAGCAGCGGGAGCGGCAGCCAGAGCAGCAGGAGCAGGAAGAGGAGCAGGAUGUAGACUGGGAAGAGGUUGAGAUCAGAAAUGAAGACACUCUGUGCUGGCCACCGCCACUUCCGAAGCAGCAGCACCAGCAAAAACGGCAGCAGCAGCAAGAAGAGAAAGAGGAGGAGGACGGCGAGAUCUAUGUCCUUUUGCAGUCGCCCCCAGCGCAAGAGGUCACGUCCGAUGAGGACAUAUGGGGUGUCCUACUUCGAAGAUCCUUCCCAAAGGCACUGCUGAUGAAUCCUGAUGAGCUGCAGCAGCAGCAACAACAGAUUGAGCAAAAGAAGGUCGCUAGGCAGCGGUUGAUGGAUGCGAUUUUGACACGCUUUCCUCCAAACCGUUUGAUUCGCUUCGGGGAACUGCUGCGGUUUGCAAACCGCUUUGUGCAGCAGCAGCAGCAGCAGAACCACCAUCAGCAACAGCAGCAGCAGCAACGGCAGCGGCAGCAGCAACAGCAGCAACGACCACAGCAGCAACGACAGCAG